AUGCGGCCGCCUCGUGUCCCGGGCGAUGCGGCCGUUGCCACCAACAAAAUGGAAAUGAAAGAGAUUGCUAAAUACAAGACUCUAUGGAAAAUGAACUCAACCAGUGAACCUUUAUUUGUUACUGGCGUAAAUGGCAAUCCUUUGAAAAAAUUCACCAUUCCCAAGAUCAGGAGGACAGCUGGGAAAGUUUACUUGUCACCUUGUUACACCAAUACUAGAGAGUAUAGUUUCAUACAUGAUACUCUCAACGAGUGCCGGCUUGAUGUAAGCCGUGACCUACAGUCUUCAUGGCAGUUUGGGGAUACAAAAGUGAUUCACAAUGAGGGUCUGGAAAAAAAAUUUACUUCUAAGAGGUCAGAGAUGCGUGAGAGUGGAAGGCAUGGCAGAGAACUUGAAGAACAUUUCUGCUUUUUAGCACUUCCUCAGAAGGAUGUGACUAAGAUAUAUCACAGUGGACUAAGUACCAAAGCAUCUUCGUUGAGAAUACUAGGAAACCCUCUUCUUGGAAUUUAUAUAUUUAGACAUAUUGAUGUUGCCUUGAAUUAUGCUCACAGUAGAAGCAUUAUUGUAGAAAGUAUUAUCAUGUUUAAGGUUCUUUUUGGAAAAGUGAAGAAAAUUCAGCCUUCACUAGAUAAAAGCAAAGUUUCUUUGGAUCCUUCUCCUAACUUUGACUGCCAUAUGUCAAGAAAUACACCUUCUCUGAAGGAUACCAUUGAACUCCAAGCCUACAGUUCAGCAGUAUACUUGUAUGAAUAUAAUAUUCUUUCAAAGCCAGUAGAUAAACCUAGGCAGUGUCUUCCAUAUGCAAUAGUAACAGUAAAAUUUAUUGGUCAAAAAGUAGAUAAUGGACACUUCAUGACACCUUUGAGACCCCUCGCAACAGGAUUUCCUAGGAGAACUGAAAGAACAUGCUCUCUGAAUAACUGUACAGUGGCCAAAAGAAUUGGAAAAGGAAAAGAUGCUACUGUCAUCUUUGAGCAUUUCAGGAAACCUAUAGAUCCAUUUGUUCAGGAAAAGUGUUCAUGCAAUGCGUCAAAUUCAGAAAUAAAUCCUUCCAACUCAGAUAUUUCUAAUUCCUAUGGAAAUAUGCAAAAUGGAAACAUUUCUGUAAUUGAAACAUACAGUGGACAUAUGGAGUACAAUUCAGCAGAAUGCAGAGACACUUCUCAGUUACCUGCAUGUGAUUCAGGCCUUUCAUUUAUUCCCAGUGAUACCAGAGAAAGUGUUAAUAAUGGUGACCUCCUAAAUUUGACAUAUGUUAAAGCUAUUUUAAGUAGUCUUGCUGCUGCUUUCCCCCUUCAUAACAAUACUGACUCAAGCACGGUUAUUACUUCAAAACUCAUCAAAGACCCAAGACUGAUGAAGAGACAAGAAAGCAUGGGAAAACAUAAUACUGUUACAGGUUUAAGUGAGAUUUUGCCAUUUGAGAAGAGUUUAGAUUUUGUUAAUUCAGAAACAAACUUGUCAUCUAUGCCAGCUAAUCCUGCCUCCACAUCUGAAGGCAUGCCUGGUGAUCAGACUGUUGUUACUAAUUAUUUGGAUGCCUCUUGCUUCAGAAUUUCUUUGGAUGAUCCACAAACCCAGGCUCACAACCUGGGCUCUAAGACCUAUGAUUGUACAGGUUCCAAUAAAAUUACCAUGGCAGGACAAUGUGAGAACCAGGAUGAUUUUUCCUUCCCAAUGUUUUUGUCAAGUGUAGCUCCAGAAGUUGAAAUCCAAAAACACAAGGAAGAAAAAGCUCAGAGAUCCCAGCAGAGAGACACCAUCCCAUUUUUAACUGAUGAAAGCAGUGAGUCACAUGACUCUUAUGAAUCAGUGAAUACUUGUACAGACAAGUACAGUGGUCCCAUCUCUCCAGAAUCACAGUUUUCUAAUUUUAAAACUGAAUAUGAGACUGGUCACCAAAUGUCUACACUUUUUCCACUCCAAAGUGAAGAAAGUGUACAUGAGUACAUUCAAAAUACUGGAAAGAUGAGAAACUUCACCGACCCAGAAGACAAUGCCAAAUAUGAAGAAAAGCAAAGUUUGUGGAAAGGAAGUGAUCAUUCUUUUACUAAUAAAAGAAAAAUCGGUCCAAUAGAUAAUUACAUUUCUUUGAACCAAGAUGACAAAGAGGUUGAGAGUCUUGAUUUUUUGCAGAAAAAUUGUGAUCAAAUAUUAAUUACUCAAGGGUUAGAAAAACCAAAAUCUUUGCCAUUUACCACAGAGAAUAAGUAUGAGCUAAGUCACCUAGCACUGGAAAUACAAAACAGUCUUACUCCAAGAGUGGAGAAACUUCCAUCGAAGCCUCCUAAAAACUCUUUAGAGUAUAAAGAUAAUAUUCAUACAAAUUUUGCCAUUUCUCAAAAACCACUGGAGCCGAAAUUGGAAAAACCAGAUCAAAACUGUAUUAGCAUUAUGGCUGAUGCUUUCAAGGAAGCAGGAGACAUUCCCCAGACCACACAACUACCAGCUGUUACUUCAUGUCAUGAUAUUAAAACAGCUCAUAAUGCAAAUUGCAACAUAACUAGAGAACAUACAUGUGUUCAAAGGAGAAAUGAAUAUGAGCCAGUGUCCCUAAAAGACAUUCAAAGAGACUGCAAAGAAACUCCUCUAAUUAACAAUAAAGGUCAACAUCAUACUCAGUUCUGUAUUGCACAGUUGAACAAUGGUGUGCACCUGAAUACUGAUUUCAGAGAACAAAGAGAUAAUGAUAAAGAAAACCAGAAGGAGGCUGAAAUGGAGAACAUUGCUUCAUCUAUAGGAAACAACAUAGGGGAUAUAUAUGGAGAUGAGGAGCAGAGUUUUCAGACACACAAAACAAAAAUUUUUAUCAACAUAGGUGAAAGGCGGGUGAAUAAAGAUGACAAUGGCAUUGAAAUUCUGAGUUCUGAAGCAUUUUCUCCUGCUUUUAACUUAACUAGUGGGAUAAAACAUGUAUGCACUGAGUCUGCAUCACUAGAAAGUGAAGAUCCCAUUACUAUCAUGAAAGAAAAAGAUAUUCAAAAUACUGAAAGGACUGGAGAGCAUUUGAUUUCCACAGCAUUUCUCCAAGUUGCAAAUUCUUCGUUACAUGUAGCCUCACGUGCUGCAGUUGAGAUAGCUGAUGCUGCGUUGCCUGUGGUAAGCACAAAUCCUGAAGAUCACCAAAGAUCCCAGUUUAAAAAAACUUGUUCUUCUGAGAGUCCAGAUUUUGGUUUGUUAAGCAAACUUAAGGUUUCUGCUUGUGAAAUAGAUACAGAUAAAAAUCGAUGCCACAACUCAUUUCAUCAAUCAGUAAGUGACAACUCAGUUCUUCAAAGUUUCAAAUUGGAUAAUGAGACUGAAGUACGAUCAGAAGAGAGUGAUGAUGCUUUUCUUGUGAGUAUUCCACAGGAUACUCAUAGCCCAGAAAAUGUACUUUAUGAAAAAUUCGAGGACUCCUAUGAGGCUCUGAAGUCUCGCAUCGAUUGGAAAGGUCUGUUGGGAAGCAGUAAUGGGGAGAUGGAAGUUUUGAAAAGCACCACAAGAGGUGAGAAUUGGGACCAGCAUUCCUCUGAGGAACACAGUUGUGUUUUUUCCUCUACACAAAAAUACAAAGCAGAGCUCGUCAAACCAAUUUUACUUCCUGAUCUGCAAGUUACGAUUACUAAUACAUUUAUGAAAGGAUUCAGUUCUACUGUUGAGUCCCUUGCAUCGAAAGAUGAUUUCUGCAAGUAUGUAACUGAAGCCACAAAAUCAGAAAUAAAUGAGGAGGAGGAAGAAGUUCUAGAAUUUGAAAUUCAUUCUCAGUGUUCUGGUGAAAAUUCAGAUCGUCCCUCUGAAGGUGAAUUUGGUAAUAUAAGGCAAGACUCUGGACUAACAAGUAAAUCUGAAACUUCACUUUCUUUUGACUUGAGUCAUAAUAUGCAUGUGAAUCACAUGUCUGAAAAACAGAACAGAUCUUUGCUAACUGAACCUUCUGAUGUCACAACAGUAAAUAACAAAAACAGAUGUUCCCUUACAAAGUCAAAAACCAGUGGUAAUGAUACUAGAAGUAAAAAGGAGACAGAAGCAAGAAUUAGCAAAAGAAAGCCCGGUACACCUUUCAGAGACCAGAACAUACCAGAUAAAAAUUUAAGACAUCACAAAAUUUGUGAGAAGAGGAGGAAGCUAACAAGUCAAGACUCAUUGGAAUGUUUUUUUUCGUUAUCCCAAGAACGAAUUAAAACCUUUACACAGUCAGAAAAACACAUUAGAAGUGUCCUGGAUAUUCUAAAUAGUGAAGCAUCUUUAUGUAAAAGCAAACGUCUUUCCAGAAAACUUGACAGAGCCGUUCUUCAUUUAAAAAAAGCUCACAGAAGAGUUCACACGUCUUUGCAGCUGAUAACUAAAGUGGGAGAAAAAAGAAGGGGCCCUUUACCAAGAGCAUAUGCAGUAAUAUGCAAUAGUUUCUGGGAAAGUUGUGACCUUCAAGGUUAUAGUUCUGUGUCUGAAAGAAAGUAUUAUUCCACUAAACAUCUUCUGUCAAAAAGAAAAUACAAUAAACCUGGAGAGAAUAGAGCUUUGGGAUUUGAAGUUGAUAAAUCGUUAACUCAUGUAUCAAAGCACAAGUUUUAUAGAACAAGUAGAGAGAGACUCACAGAGUGCCUUUCUGAAAAUGUGUCCAGUGUCUCCAGAAGUCACUCCACAGUUCACAUGAGAGAAUAUUGUGAUCAAGUGUGUCCGGAAUCACAGUUAGCCCUGUGCUCCGUGUCUGAAAGUACAAGUCAAUCAGCUUUUACUAACAGUUUGAGAAAUCCCAAAUCAUCAGAAGAAUUUCAGCCCUUUUCUAGAAAAACCGGAUGUCUCUUUUCCCCAGACUGCCCAGAUGAGAAACUAACUAAAAAAGAAAAUCGAACUGAUACAGAGUUUUCAUCUAACAUUAGUAAAUAUGAAAAACUUGAGAACCAUUCAGCACUUGAUAAUAUUAAGUAUACAACAAAAGUAAACAAUUCUGAGGCUAAAGAAAUAAUGAGUAAAAGAAAUUUGAUAUCUUUAAGUUGCAUAAAGGAAAACAACAUAAGUUUUGGUGUGGACCAAAAUUAUGAUGCAACUUGUAUAGCCCACAAAAAAGUGAAAACUGACAUAGUUAUUUCUGUCUUAGAAUCAAAGGUGUGGCAUUUUUUUAACAUUGAUAUCCACAAACCAAACAACCUUACUUUAUCUGGUUAUAAAAUAAACCUGGAGGUAAAUUUUCCUGUAGAAAAAUGGAUAACUCCUAAGGAGAUCUCCAAACCAGGCAUUAUUACAGGAAACUUCCUUAUGGAUCCAUUAAGUAGAACUCUGAUAACAAGCAAAAAGUCUAACAGUAUUCCUCAAUUGCUAUCAAUUGCAGCAACAGACAGUGAGGGAGAAUUUUCAAAGUCUUCCAUGGCUGAACAGAGCAUUACUGCUGUAGAGUUUUCAGCAGUGUCUACCAUUGCACCACACUGUGUGCAAGGAUGUGGUGGAAAUGAACUUCAAAAGACAGACUCUUGUUCUUCAAGUAAAUGCGUUCAUAUCAAUGGGAAUGAAACAGAUGUUGAGAAUUCUGAGGUGACUGUCCCAUCAGAAACUGAAGAAAGUAAAGACAUCACGAUGAAAGUAUUUUCUGAUGAUAGUUUUCUGCUCGUAAAAGACAACAUAAAGGGCUCUUCUUCCCAAGAAGGUAUUGCAGAGAAAGACAUUCAGGACAGAGAAAUGUGGAAAGAUAAACAAGCAGAAAAAGGAAAGGAUUCAGUUCACAUGAACAUGACUGAAGCAUCAAGUGUUAAGACUGAGGACAAAGGUCAAAAGAAUAAGAUAUUAGAAGGCUCCUCCUGCUUAAGUGAGAAAAUGAUGAAAAAUAACUUGAUUGAUCCUCAUGUAAAGAUUAAAAAGGCUACUGAGGCAAUCUCUUUGAGAAACAUUGCUUCUAAUCAGCUUAACAAAAGAAAGAAGGAGGAGGGAAAAGGUAGUCAUGACUCUCAGUGUGACUCCUCAUUACAUUCAGAAAUAGCCUGUGACUCCAAACCAGGCAUUACAGGAAGGAAUCAUAUGCCUCAUCUGCGUGCCCAGUCUGAACCCUCCAAAGUCUCUCCUCCUCCGAAGAAGAAGUCUACGUCAUAUAUGAAUGAAUUCAAAGAAAAACAUUGUUCAAGUAAUAAUUUGGCUCCUAUAGUUAAGCUCACUCAAAUUUUGAGGAGAGCAAAUGAAACGUCAUCUGUACAGAUUCUGCAGGAAGAAACUGAAGUUUGUCUAAAUAUUCUCCCAUUGUUUGUUGAAGCUUUUGAAAGAAAACAAAAAUGUUCAUUUAAACAAAUCUUGAUUUUAAGAGACCUAUUAGUAGAAGAAAACCUGUGGGGUAACUGCAGACACAGAUUAAAACCGUGUGCUGUUGAUUCCUUGGUAGAACUCCAGAUGAUGAUGGAAACUAUUCAGUUCAUUGAAAACAAAAAAAGGCUCCUAAGAGGUGAACAAACAUUCCGGAGCUUUCUCUGGUAUGAUGAGACACUGUACAGUGAGCUGCUUGGCAGACCACGUGGAUUUCAGCAACAAUCCAAUUUCUAUCCGGCUUUUCAAGGCAGAUUAAAAUAUAAUGCCUUCUCCGAGCUGCAAAACUAUCAUGAUCAAUUAAUUGAACUGUUUGAAGAAAGCAAAAGGAAAAAUAAUUCAUACUACACAUACUUAAAAUAUAAGCGACAGAUUGAUGAGUGUGAAGCAGUAAUGAAGCAGUGUUCAGAUUGCUUUGACUUUUCUCUUUCUGUGCCACUCACCUGUGGAGUUAACUUUGGAGAUAGUUUAGGAGACCUAGAAACCUUGAGGAAAAGCACACUAAGCCUGAUCAGUAUGUAUGGGGACUGUCCCCAAAAUGAUUCCUGUCCAGGAAAACAAGACCAUCUGUGGAUUAUCAUGGAAAUGAUCUCCUCAAAAGUUAAUUUUAUCAAGAGUAAUGAGGCAGUAAAUAUUAAAAUAGCUCUUUAUGGUCUGGAACAUAUCUUUUUUGAUGCUUCAAAAAGUCUUGUUUGGAAAGAAAAGAGACAGUCUUUCUGCAAAAAAUACUCCGAACAGAAUAAAGAAAUGCUACUUAGAAUGAAUCAAUGUGCUGUUUCUAAGUUGCAGAAGAUAUAUGAUACAUUGUCCAAAGAUUUAAGCAGUGAACAAAUUUCCACUAUUGGACUUGAGGAGGAUUCAGUGAUUGCUUCCAGAAAGUCAAAUGCUGUAGUAAACAAAGCAAUAAUUAGUGUAGAAAACUCUAGGCUUAACGGUACUUUGCUUUCACAUCCAGAUAUCUGUUGUGUUAGUGAAAUAUUGGAUCAAGCUGAAUUUGCAGAUGUGAAAAAAUUACGGGAACUCACUUUGAGAUGUACCGAUGACUUAGAAAUUUUAAAAAAAUGUUUUCAGUUCCUGCAAGAAGACAGCAUAGAUAGUAUUUUUAUCACCGAAGAAAAUAGUUUGAACAUGAUGAAAAACUACAGCCAUAAGGCAGUAAUUUUAAAACCUGCAGCCGUUGAAACCUAUAUUGAAAUCGUCAUGCUCUCAGAAACAAUUCAGUUUCUUAAAAACUCAGUGGCGAAGAAACUAGACAGGCAGCGGUUUCGAAGUCUGCUUUGGUUUGAUUUGUCACUUCUCCCUGAACUGGUUCACUGCCAAGAAAAAAUGACUUCUUUCUCAUUUCUAAAAGGUAAUCCAACAGACUGUCUUGGGAAGGUGAUAGAGACUGCUAUUUCUGAGCUUAAGAAAGAUCUGGAUAUUAUCUACAAAUACAAUGAAGCUGUUAACGGCUCCUAUGCUCUUCGUUUGCUGUCAAGAGAACUUGAAGAACUUUCAGAAAUAAAAAAACUUAUUGAGGAAUCGAAGUAUUCCGUUUCCACAUACAUCAACUUUGUGCCAUGUAUAGCAUCCAUAAAUUAUGGAAGCACUGUGACAGAAUUAGAAUACAACUACAGUCAGUUUUCCACACUGCUUGGAAGUAUAACAGCCACCCUUCGGAAGGAUUUAGGGAAAAUGGUCCAUAUUAUGAAAAUCAUGAAAACGAUUGAACAUAUGAAGAUAAUAUGUGUUAAAAAUGCUCAGUUAACCAUUUCCUUUAUCCUAUGCCAAAUGCUGCACAACAGAAAGAAGACUUUGCAACCAAAGAGAAAGAAAAAUGCGAAUAUUCAUGUAAAACGUAGGAAGAGAAUCAAAAAGUCCAGUACCUGUAGGAAGGUGCCUUUAGUUUCAGAGUACAUAAUUAAAAAUGUUUCAAAUUCCUCUAAAAAGCGACCUAUCACUGUAGACACAUGUGGAGACUCUGAGGAACAAGAGAAAAGUACUGCUGUUCCCAGUUGUAAAAAACAAAAGGUUAGCAUGAAACAUGUCACAGAAAUCAAAAGCGAAAAGUCAACAUUCAAGCAUGCAAGGGCUAUGAGAUCUCAUUCUGAAAGUGAAAAUGAAAUAGAACCAGAUUCAUCUGACAGUCUGAAAAGAAGCCACGUCUCUCCUAAACAAGUUGAAACUCAAAGAUCACUACCUUUAAUGAACCUGAAAGAUUCAGAAGACGAAACAGAUUUAACUGAUACUUCAUUUGCUACUUCAGAAGAUUUCACCAGGCAACAAGCGAACAUAAGUAGCACAAAGAAAAGAAAUAUAAAUUUUAGUGCUGCUGAAACAAAAAGUGAGAAGAAAAAUUGUUCUUUGGCAAUUUUUGACCAGAAAAGUGUAGAUGGCACAUUUUCAAAAGACCAGAAGAUGCCUCCACAGAAAUUUCUUAAAAAUCUUUCAGAUACUACAGAGAAAUCCUGUCCCUCAGACAUAAAACCAGGAACUGAUGCUUCUCUUUUGCUGAAUGCAUCAGAACCUAUUUUCCGUUUUGUGAGUGAUAGCCAUGCCAAUUUAGAAAUGAAUGACACUGACUUUGAACUUCAAGAUAAUGAAAUAUUAAAUUCAUCCAUUAAUUCUACAUGCACCAGUUCUCCAGAACCCAUGCAUAUCCAGAACAAAAUUCCUGUUGUGCAAAUAAAUAAAGCACGACCUGCAAAGACUGAGUCAAAAGAAAAAUACAUGAAGGACACAUUGAAUUUCAAUACUAUACCUGUAGAAGCCUCUGAGAACAUCACCCUUAGUGUGAAUCAAACAGUAGAAUGUUCUUUGUCUGAACAGCAGAAUUCAAAAGUCUUAACUCAGAAUGCUGCCACAUACUUGAAUGAAAUUCCACAGUCUAUGUGUACCCUAGAGUAUGACUUUGUUUCCGGGUACUCAUUUGAAACUUCAUAUCCUUACUAUUCUUGGUGUGUUUAUCGUUACAGCAGCAGCAAUGACAGUUCCAUCACCCAGACAUACCAAGGAAUAACAUCCUAUGAAGUACAGCCAUCUCCUUCUGGGAUGUUGACUGCAGCUACAAGUAAUAGUCAGAAUACCCAUUCUCAUCUUUUGUGCUCUCAAUAUUUUGAAUACUUUGCUGGGGAACCACAAGCAAAUGACUUUGUGCCAGUGAGUGACUAUUUUCCACCUCAAAUGCCUGUUUACAAUUUUCAGCAGCCAGUUUUUUCACAGUAUACUCCCCAUCAACCAUUCACUGCAUACCCUUGUGCUCCUGAUUCUGGUGCGCUUCUAGAAGUUCCUUGGACUUAUGAUCCUUGCCAUCAAGAACCCUUUCAGCCAGGACACUGA